GCGGGGAAGCACCAAAGGUCGSUGUUUUUAUGGGAUGUCUCACAGGAUGAAGCAGCUCUUCCCCUCCCAGAGCUCACCUGGAGGGCGCAGCACCGCAACCUUUACCUUCCCUGCACCCCAAAAUCCUCCCCCAUCAKCUCCCUGCACCAGGAAACGAGACAGAGCGCAUGCCUGCAGCUCCUGAGCUCCUCAAAACCUCUGGAAUUUGCUCAGCUCCAGGGAGGAAACACGGCUCAAAUGGAUCGAGGAAAAAGAUUUAUGAGCAGUGGGAAUUUUGGCUUUGCCCUGUGCGGAUGGAGGGUGGGAGCGCUGAUGGCUCUGUGCCUUCUGCAGCCGGCUCCAGGUCACGUUCAGCUCCUCCCUCCUCAAAAUGUGACUCUGCUGUCCAAGGAUUUUGCCAUGAUUUUGGCCUGGGCUCCAGGGGAAGGAUUCCCCCCAAACGUCACCUACACCGUGAGGUACGAAAGCCAGGAUCGCCUGGACAAGUGGGUGAAGGUUUCUCACUGCAAAAACAUUCCCAGAACUUUCUGCAACUUGACUUGUGCCCUCUCCAACCUCUACGUCAAAGUGCGGGCUCGGGUGAAGGCGGUUUGGGGCCGAUCGCAGUCGCCCUGGGUGAAAUCCCAGUUCAAGGAUUACUACUCAGAUGGUGAGUGUUUGUCGGUGCAGUGGAAGUUUUCGCUUUUGCUCGUGAUGGUUUUUGUGUUUUUCGUGCUCCUGGUUGUGGUCAGUCCCUUCAUCUGCUGCCUGGUGAAACUCGAGGCCAAAAACAGGAAAAUUCCUCAGGUUUUGGAUUUCUCUCAAUUUAAACCCGCCGGGCCGACGUUCCACGUGGAGCUGCGUGAGAAGGAAUUGAGCAGGGAUGAUUUGAGUUUCACAGAGAAACCCAGGAGAACAAACAGAGCUUUGGGGGGACAAAAUCUACCACGGGUGGCUGCUUUGGCAUCAUCAUCUUCAUCAUCAGAGGAGGAGGAGGAGGAGGAGGAGGAUGAAGAAAUUUUCAUUUUCAUCCCCUACAAUGAAAUGCCGCGACAUCCCAAGAGCCAUCUCAGCUUUCAGCCACCCCCAACAGCUCAGGGGGGAUCCAGACUGGGUUUGGGAUCGGGAAACGUCUCUGUGGACACCAAAUCCGUGCUGGAACUCAGCGAUUUGGGUUUCUCCUUCUUCCCAGAGAGGGAGGACACGUGGGGAUCCCGGACAGAGCAGGAGAUGUCCUGUUGUUCUUACAGAUCCUCUUUGGGGGGAAUUUCCCUCAGUGUGUUCCCGAUGUCACCGCGGGUCACAAAUGCGCAACCGUCACCUCCGAUCUCCGAUUCUUUUCUGUUUCUGAGCAACAAAUCCAACCUGGCCCGGCAAGAAACAAUUCAUAUCUCGUAA